UGCAUCAUCGUCCAUCAGCAGCAGGAAAGAUCUAUACCUGUCAGCAAAAACGGCAUGAAGAGGUCAAGACAUGGCCAUCCAUCCGCGGCCAUUCCUUACAGUGAGUUCUCACUUGAACUCUCUUAUUGAUGGGAUGCUGCGGAGAGGAUGAGGAGGACGGACUCCUCCAUACCCUCCUCCAUGACCCAAACCCCAACUCCAAUUCUUCCCCCGAACCUCCAGAAUCCGUAUCCACCUCCGCCGAAUCAGUGCUCUCCCCGUUGAAAUCCAAUUUCUCGGCUCUAGGAACAAGUGACCUACUCCGCUCGAUCUUAGGACUGCUUCCCUCCUCGGAUCUAGCGCGGGCCGCGUGCGUAUGCAGGGUAUGGAGGGAGGUUGCCUCUGAAGGUGAAGUGCGGGAGAGGGCUUUCCGAAAACCGUGGAACGUCAGGCGGCUUAUUGGCUCUCCUUCAUCCCCUGGCUUUUGGCGAUACCCUGGCCUCGAUAAAUUCGCGAUCUCCCAUCGCGUUUUGCGAGGGGACACCGUUGCAGGCGUCGCACUGAAGUAUGCUGUACAGGUGAUGGACAUUAAGCGUCUAAACAAUAUGAUGAGCGACCAUGGAAUAUAUUCAAGAGAGAGGCUUCUCAUACCCAUACGCAAUCCAGAACUUCUCCAGGACAGCAUAUGCUACAUUGAGUUAGAUGUUCAUGCGAAGAGAGAAGUUGCAGUGCUCUAUUUAGAAGGUGGACUUGAUGGAAACUCAACUCCUUUUCUUAGUGGAUUCAUCACUGAAAGAGGCAGGAAAAUAAUAAUCGAUUCCAUGAAGCGAAGCAUGCAUGUGGAUGAUGAAACUGCAGCUUAUUACCUGUCAAUCUCAAAUAAUAAUCCAAGGGCUGCUUUCCUGGAGUUCUCUGAGGACCUAAGGUGGGAGCACAGGCUAUGAGCAUCGCGCUUCCAAAGCUCCGCACUGUUAUUUCAUGGAAAAUUGACUCUUUUACUUGGUGGAUUCAUCACCGAAAGAGACUGAAAAAAAUAUUCGAUUCUAUGAAGCACGCUAGUAAGUUCAUAUUUUUAACUGUAUAAAUGGUUGAAGCAUUAAAAAUUGUCUGCUUUGUUUUAUAUGGACAAUUAUGUUGCAGAAGCCAGGUUUUUAUUGAUUUUAUGUAAUCUUAAUAUUUUUUACUGUCUGUGUAAUUUCAAUCGCAUCUAUCGUUGAAAAAAAAAGUGCAAA